AUGGCUACCCCGAGUGUCCUUACCUUUGAUACUGAGCGUCGUGCUGUUGACUUCGAGGUCUGGGUCGAUGACCUGCAGCUUUUCCUACAGUGCGAUAGGGCAGACGGACUCUCCCUGUUUGAUCUCACCUCUGGUGCCUCUCUUGCCCCACCGGCUCAUGCUGACAGCACUUUUCGCUCACAGUGGGCCACGCGCGAGGCUGCUGCCCGUCUUGCUGUGCUUGCGCGCUACUCUUCCCCUGCCACUGCUGCCCUUAGCCACCUCAUGCUGCCGUACCUGUUUCCUGACCUCGCCACCUUUCCCACUGUCGCUGACCUCGUUACGCACCUUCGCACUAGUGACACCCGCUACCGCGCUGCGCUUCCUGCUGAGUUCUGCGCCAAGAACCCCCCCCCUAUGUACAUCACCCUCUACUACAUAGUCACCCGGCUCCCUGACUCCCUUCGCUUAGUCAGGGACCACUUCCUCUCAGUUUGCCCCACCACACUCACCGUUGACCUCCUCGAGGAGCGCCUCCUAGAAGCAGAGAAGAGCAUAGUCGCUGUAGGAGCCUCUCGUGGUGACCCUCGCACCCCCGUCUUUGAGGGGUGUUCCCCUUCCCCCCUCUUGCCCUCUGUUGCUUCUGCUGCUGCGGCCGACCUCGUUGGUUUCGAGUCGGUGGUGGUUAAGGCAGUGGAGGGGGUGGGGGUGGUGGUGGGAGUGGUGGCGGGGGUGGAGGUGUCGGUGGCAGCAGUGGAGGCGGAGGAGGCGGCGGCGGUGGCGGAGGGAGCGGAGGCGGCGGAGGUGGCGGAGGCGGCGGAGGUGGCGGAGGCGACGGAGGUGGCGGAGGAGGCGGCGGCAGCGGUGGAGCUGGUCGCGGCUCUGCGCAGAGGAGUGGGUCCGGUGGCGGUCCGCGCCAGCAGCAGCAGCGCAGUCGUGAGACCCUGUCCCCUCAGCAGCUUCGUGAGUGGUACGCUGCGCGUCAGCGCGUGCGGGGGCCCGCACUCCACCCAGCGCUGCUUCGGCCGCCUGACGUACGCGUGGCGUCACCAGUUCCCUGACGCCUCUGAGAUCCCUUGCUGGGGAGAGCUGUCUAGGGCGGGGGUUGCUAUCUUUGAUCUUGAUUAUGAUGCUAUUCUUGCUGCCAUGUCAGCUGUGUCUAAUAGUGUUGAGGGUGACUGUUACCUGUGUGUUCCGCCUGACCCGAGCAUUGAGGCUGCUGCUCUAGGUGUUGGUGAGGCUGCUGCUCUAGGUGCUAGUGCGUCUGCUGCCCCAGGUGCUGGUGAGUCUGCUCUCUCAGGUACUACGUCGGCUCAGGCCUUACACACCUUCACCCUUGACUCGGGUGCUUCCCGCUCCUUCUUUCGAGACCGCACCACGCUUACGCCGCUUAGUCGGCCGGUUGCAGUCUCCCUGGCGGACCCCUCUGGGGAUCCUAUCCUUGCUAGCUUCUCCACUGUCUUACCGUGCCCGGCAGCCCCCUCUGGCACCCUGUCAGGUCUCUACCUCCCCUCGUUCUCUACGAACUUGACUCUCCUUUGGCACCACCGCCUUGGUCACCCCUCCCUGCCUCGUCUCCGAGGCAUGGCCUCCCGUGUCCUUGUCUCUGGUCUCCCCCGGUCUCUCCCUCCCCUACCUCCGGGGCCUGCCCCUACCUGCGUCCCCUGCGUCGAGGGGCGACAGCGCGCCGCCCCUCACUCCUCCGAGUUUCCUCGGACAGAGGCUCCGCUGCAGACUCUUCACAUGGACGUGUGGGGCCCCGCCCGCGUCCGUGGCCAGGGGCACGAGCGUUACUUCCUGUUGGUGGUUGACCACAACUCGCGUUACACCACAGUCUUCCCCUUGCGCAGCAGGGGUGACGUCACUGAGUACGCAGCGCAUCAGCUCAACCUUCAGCCCCGGGUCUCCUUGCCAGAGACCUCCCCCACCUUGCGGUGGACGGGGAAGGUUGGCGAUGCGUCUGCGUUUCGGGUCUGGGGAUCUCAGGCGUUUGUCCGCGACUUGUCUGCGGACAAGCUGUCCCCCCGUGCUGUUCCCUGCGUCUUCCUUGGCUUCCCCCCUGACGCGCCUGGGUGGCAGUUUUACCACCCCACCUCGCGCCGUGUUCUGUCCUCCCAGGACGUCACCUUUGACGAGUCGGUGCCUUACUACCGUCUCUUCCCCUACCGCACUGCGCCCCUCCCCCCGCCGCCGCUCUUCCUUGCGCCAGGUCCUCCCCCGGUAAACCCCCUCCCCCCUCAUUUCUUUACACCUUAG